CUUAAAUACACAUCCCUCACACCCUUUUCAAUUCCGUACUAUAAAUCUCUCUGCAACAACGGCAGCAACGCCCUACAGCCAUGAGGAUGAGCUGCAAUGGCUGUAGGGUUCUUCGCAAAGGUUGUAGUGAUGACUGCAGUCUCAGACCCUGUCUUGAAUGGAUCAAAACUCCUGAAUCCCAAGCCAAUGCCACCGUCUUCCUAGCCAAGUUCUAUGGCCGUGCCGGUCUCAUGAACCUCCUCAAUGCGGGGCCUGAGCACCUCCGUCCCGCCAUAUUCAGAUCACUGCUUUACGAGGCCUGUGGACGAAUCGUCAAUCCUAUAUAUGGAUCGGUGGGGUUGCUAUGGUCCGGGAACUGGAACCACUGCCAAAACGCGGUUGAUGCAGUGCUUGGAGGAUCGCAGAUCAUGGAAGUCCCUUGCGAUACCGCUGCGAUCCGCCCUAUCCUUCCGCUCAAGGCGUAUGACAUACGCCACCUAUCCAAGGACGCAAACUCUCCUCAUGACCUUCACAAGGCUAAAACUCGAAGCCGGUUCAAGCGGUGUGGUGCUCGAUCCAAACCCCAUUUGGAUUCGGCUGAGUUUUGUAACCCUGGAUGGAACCAGUUUUCCCCGGUCGACUACAACCGAGCGCCCAGUCACGACUCCUCUCUGAUUCAGCAGGAGACUGACAGCAUGUUCUCUGUGGAAACCGUGGAGGCUUCGCUGGCGACUCCCCCAAAACCAAACCAACUUCUGAAAUCCGAUGGCCAAACCGAUAAAACCGAGGCUGGGUUGGAACUCACUCUUGGCUUCUAUCCAAUCUCACGCCCCCACGCGUGUAAGCUGGAGCUGGGGCCUUGAUGCACUGCAAGUUUGGCAGCUUAGUCGGGGUUCAACUCGUUCCCCUUGAUCUUCUCCUGGGGUUAGGAUAGGGCAAUAGUUGAGAUCUUUUAGUUCCUGCUGUUUUAGUUUCAUCCUUUCACAUUUUCUUUUUCUUUCUCCUUCUUUUAAAAGUUCUAUAUCUCUGGUGUUUGGGUGCAUAAUCGAAACAGAAAAGAUGGAUACACAGAAAUAUAUACACAUGUUAUCAAAA